GCUUCUUUCAGUGACGUAUUCAGUCCGCACCUAGUCGAAUGCCGAGUCACUGAUCGGCCCGUACGCGGUAGUUUAAGAAGGACGUAUAUCGUCUAUUUCUCUUAAUAUGUGUAUGUAUCGAUCGCUUGAAUAUUGUUUUUCUGUCCUGUUCAUCUACAACCUUAAAUUCUCGCUGACUUUCUACCGUUGUUAAGCAGCCGUAACCUUGGUGUCCUGUGAAACAACCUGUGUCUUGGGAAAGAGGCGAAGGUUCCUCAGUCAUGGCAGUUUUAGGGAAUUACUGCAACCCCAGCACCUCGCUUGCACAGGCCUGGGUGCAGGGCGGCUUCUCCCCCUGCUUCUACGCCACCUUGGUCCCUACCGUGCUCCUCACCUUCUCAUUGUUCUUUGGGACAUUCCAUUGGGUUUGUUACCAGCACUAUGGCACAAUGAUGGAGCCCAAGUUUGUGCCACGCUCACGCCUUUUCAGACUGCAGCAGGGCUUUUCCGUGCUGCUCUUGCUCCAGUUCCUGGUGGGCAUGAUCUGGAGGGCAGUACAGGGCACGGAGCUUCAUGGCUAUGUGUUGGUUUAUGGCUGCCUCUCUGCACUGGGCUGGGCUUGUGCUAUUGCCCUGCUGCACUUGGAGCGCCGGCGGGUUCUGGUUCAAGACCGAACUCGAGGACACAGCACAGUUCUUCUGCUCUUCUGGGCCCUAGCCUUCUCGGCGGAGAACCUCGUUUUUGUCUCUUGGUACAGCCCCCUCUGGUGGUGGGGUCUUGAAUCUACAGAUCAGCAGGUGGAAUUUGCACUCUGGAUGGUCCGUUAUCUUGGCACAGGGGCACUGUUUCUCCUGGGCUUGAAGGCUCCAGGUUUACCAAAGCGACCAUAUAUGCUUCUCAUCAACGAGGAUGAACGUGACCUAGAACAUGGACAGCCGCUUUUAGGCGGCUCUCCACAGUCCCAGUCCACCUGGCAGGGAUUCCGGAAGAAGUUCGGUCUGCUGAUACCGUACAUGUGGCCCCGGGGCAGUUUCCUCCUGCAGGCGCUUGUUCUCUUCUGCGUCUGUUUGCUAGGUGUAGAGCGGGCGAUUAAUGUCUUCGUGCCCAUCUACUACAAGAACAUUGUCAACGAGCUGUCGGACGGCAGCAGCUGGAAGACCUUGACCACAACCGUUUGUAUCUACGUGCUGCUGAAGUUCUUGCAGGGAGGUGGAGCUGGAGCCUCUGGGUUUAUCAGCAACCUGCGGUCCUUCUUAUGGAUCCGGGUGCAGCAGUACAGUAGUCGCGUGGUCCAGGUGCGUCUUUUUGCACACCUGCACUCUCUGUCCCUGCGGUGGCACCUGGGCCGACGCACCGGCGACGUCCUGCGCAGUGUUGACCGCGGCGCAUCCUCCAUUGACAGCCUGCUCAGCUAUAUUGCCUUCAGCAUCUUCCCUACUAUUGCGGACAUCGUCAUCGCCAUUAUCUACUUCAUCUCCUACUUCAAUGCCUGGUUUGGCCUCAUCGUCUUCGUCUGCAUGUUCCUCUACCUCACUCUCACCGUGAUCAUCACUGAGUGGAGGACCAAGUAUCGCCGGGACAUGAAUGCCCAGGACAACGCCGCCAAGUCCAAAGCUGUGGACUCGCUGCUCAACUUUGAGACAGUUAAAUAUUACAAUGCAGAGAGCUAUGAGGUCGGCUGCUUUGAGGAGGCCGUCCUGAAGUAUCAGUCAUCAGAAUGGAAGACAAACGCUUCCCUGGCCUUACUCAAUCAGACGCAGAACGUGAUCAUCGGUGCCGGCCUGCUUGCCGGCUCUCUCCUCUGUGCUUACUUUGUUUCAGAGAAAAAAUUCCAGGUUGGUGAUUACAUCCUCUUUGCGACGUAUAUCAUCCAGUUGUACACGCCACUCAAUUGGUUUGGAACCUAUUACAGGGUGAUCCAGAGGUCCUUCAUUGACAUGGAAAGCAUGUUCAAACUCUUUGAGGAAGAGGAGGAAGUGAAGGACGACAUCAAUGCUGGAAACCUCCAGUUCAAGGCUGGGAAGGUGGAGUUUGAGAACGUCCAUUUCAGUUACGUUGAUGGGAAGGAGAUCCUCAAGGACAUCUCAUUCACUGUGAUGCCUGGGCAGACCGUAGCUCUGGUUGGCCAGUCAGGCUCGGGUAAAAGCACCAUCAUCCGCCUGCUCUUCCGCUUCUACAAUGUCCAGGGAGGCUGCAUCCGCAUCGACGGCCAAGACAUCUCAAAGGUGAAGCAGGUAUCUCUGCGCGCACACAUUGGUGUGGUCCCACAGGACACGGUGCUCUUCAACGACAACAUCCGUAACAACAUCCGCUACGGCCGCAUCACUGCCAGUGACCAGGAAGUGGAGGAAGCUGCCCAUGCGGCCGAUAUCCACCAGAAGAUCAUAAGCUUCCCCCAGGGAUAUGACACUCAGGUCGGCGAGAGAGGACUGAAGCUGAGUGGGGGGGAGAAGCAGAGGGUGGCCAUUGCCCGAACCAUCCUCAAAGCCCCACAGAUCAUUCUCCUAGAUGAGGCCACAUCCUCCUUGGACACUAAGACGGAGCGCAACAUCCAGGCCUCUCUGGCUAAGGUUUGUGCCAACAGGACUACCAUCGUGGUGGCACACAGGCUGUCGACCAUCAUUGCUGCUGACCAGAUCCUGGUCCUGCACGAUGGCAUGAUCGCAGAGCGCGGCAGACACGAGGACCUGCUGGACAAGGGCAGCCUGUAUGCUGACAUGUGGCUGAAGCAGCAGCAGGCCCAGGACUCCGACUCUGCCUCCGACUCGGAGACCAAGGACCAGCAGACCGAGAAGCUGCAGCCCACCACCGGCCACAGGAGUCACUAACACCACGUGGGCCAGGGGUCACAAGUGAGGGCAGAGCCCAGAGGCAAGCUUGUAUGGAAGAGCCUCAGACUGUGUGUGUGCGCGUGUGUGUGCGUGUUCAUUGAAAUACAGUAGAAAGGGGAAAAUGUUAAACUAUUUAAUUACUGAUGUACACUUUUUCUUGGUAUUCUUUAAUUGAUACUUAGAUACUUUCAUGUUACACUAAGCCAGAUUUAUUUAUAUAUAUAUAUAUAUAAGAAAUGUUCUUUUUCUCAUGUAAGUGGUCUCACUUUCUCAUUGGGAUCCCCUGUGAUAGUACAGUUUGAUCAGCUUCCAGAUUUGGAAUUUCUUCUCUUGUUCGAGAUCACUGCACUGCACUGCACUGCACUGCGCUAAGUACUAGUAAUGCAGGCUGUCCCCAGGUAACAAACAAGAUCCAUUCCCUAAGUCUGUCUUCAAAUCCAGUUUUAGAUAAGUCUGAAUAAUAUAUAUAAUAAUAGUUAUACAAUAGUAAUUAAAGUAACUACAUGCAGUACUGUACUGUACCUUGCUGAUGAACCACUGAAGCCGCGCAGUGUUUUCACGAUUGUCACAAAGUUGUGUGUGGUUUCGUUAUUACAGGCCAUUGUAUUUAACCCGAAUUUUGAAUACAAUAGCAUUUAUGGCAGUCUGCUUGUAAGUACAUGUCUGUAAGUCGGACGUUCUUAAGCGGUGGACUGCCUGUACUAUUAUUUACUCCAGCAAAUGAAAGCCGUAUUUGACCAAUUAGAAUUGUUUGCUGCCUUUUAUCCCAUUUGAGUUGAAAGGCUAAAUGAGGUUUUAAAGGUGCUGCUUGAUGUGUGAGAUAUGGGGAAUCCGGGGCCGUCUAGGGCAUUCCGCACGUCCACGCUUAGCCGGUCGCUGCCAUUAGCCCUCUGUGUGCAGGGCUCUGCAUCCACACCCAGCACAUAAUUAGGGCAAUUUACUCUUAAUCCUGUUUAAAAACAAAUUGGAACCUAACCUUUUAAGCAAUUAGGCAAGUUGGCUGGGGUAUUGUAUGUAUUUUUUUGUGUGUGUGUAAGUGCAUUAUACUUAAUAUUUAUACCUUAUAAAAUGUAUUGGUCAGUAAUGCAGAUAGGCACAUUUUUAAGGAGCACAGAUAAUAGGGAUGAUUAUGUUAACAACUCUGGUCUUUUUGUAUCCUAAAUCAUUCAAAAAAUUUUAUAAAUUGUGUAUAUUAUAUUUGGCUUGAGCUGUUAUACGUGCAGAAGUUCUCCUGCAUCUUCACCGUGACCUUUUACUCUCCUUUUGAUGCAUUCCAAUCCGGUUUUCAGCGACCCCCCCAGACAGUCCGCGUUUUUGCUUCCUCCCAGCUCCCUACCAGGAGCAAAAACGUGGACUGUCUGGCAGAGAGCUCAGAGGAUAGACUGUGGGUCCCUGAGCACCGGAUUGGGAAACGCUGGAAUACAUCAGAAGGAUUUUUUUCGUAAAUAAUUUGAAGCAAUAAUGGAAAAUUUUACAUUGUAUAAACCUCCUGUAACUAGCAGUAGAAUUAUGCCUCAGUUACCAUGGUAUUUAAAAUUCCUUUAACCCUAAAGGGAAAUUUAACAGGUACCAUCCACUACAUUUGCCUGUGUGUCCACCUGCCAUUGCUUCACCAAGAUAAGCUAGACUGUACUAAGAUCAUAUAGCUCAUUUUGUUGAUAUUCGUAAUCAUUAUGAGUUAUUUAAUUACUGCUGUUUUAUUAGUAUUGUGGAAUUGUAAGGGGUAUGACUGCUGUAGAAUCUCUUCCAAGGGAUGUAAGGUAUCUUGAUGUCAAAAUGAGUAGCUUUCACGGGUAAAUGGAAUUUUUGGUAUGCAUUUGUUUUUGGUACUCAGGUUAAGUGUGGUAUGUGGACAUGAGGCCAGAAAAGCUGCAGCGUAGAAAUUUUAAUCCCAAGGAGCGCUGCAGAGGGUCCUUGAGGAACAUUUUGUGCACUGAGAUAACAGAAGGAUAAACCGAUAAUCCCCUGGCAUGGUGCAGACGUAUGAUGGUGACAUGCAGUGUAAACGUCAAGGGGAGGAUUUUUUUUAACUUGUCAUUUGGAUGUGAUCUUGGAUUUUUUUUAUAUUCUUCUCACUACAAUUAAAGGGAGCAUCAGACAAUACAACCAUGGAGGCGACUCCCUGAGGGUGAUCCGGCUCGCGGGAUCCUCAGUGCUGAGGACCCGAGCGGCUGGACCAGACCGAGGGGACGCCCACGUAACACCGGGCUGCGGCACGUAGACGGCCAUUUCCGGAGGGUGGGACAGGGCCGUGUAUCUGCUGGGGGUCGCUGGGUGGGAUACCGAGGAGUUUUGCUGUGUGGUGGAUACAGCUACGCACUGCACCAGUGCCUGUUCCCCAAACUGACUGACUGACAGUUUUAGACUGUUUACUUGUUUGGUGAACACUGGUGAUUUUAAACUGCAUGCAUUAUAAUUAAUGUUGGUUGUUGCCUUUUUAAUGUCGGACAAACAGGCGCAAAGACCUGUGUCUUAUGUUUUAUGCUGUUUUAUGAUGCCGUAUGUAAUCAUAAGUGCUGCUUUUGGAAAAAUUAUGCUGACCCAAAUAUAUUUCUAUAUAUAUUUUAUUCUUUCAAAAACAAAUUGUUUUAAAUAAAGAUGAGGAUAAAUGGUGA